AUGACAGAUUAUUCAAAUUCAUGUGUUACGAGUAAAAAUGAUUUUAGUGAUGAUGAUGAGCAUUAUUCUGAUAUUCAAUCUCCAUCAUCGCAUUGCGACGACCUAGAUUCGGAAGAUGAAAAAACAAAACAUGCCCGAGAACAACACAGAGCUUUAGAACGACGAAGACGUGAUAACAUUAAAGAAAUGUAUGCUGUUUUAAAAAAUAAUAUACCUGUAAAUGAUUUAGAUGCUCCAGCACGGACAACAAUUUUAAUAAGAACUUUUGAAACAAUAAAGGAAACAUCACAAGCAAUACAAGAAUAUGAUGAUGAUUGUCGUACUCUACAAGAAGAGAAUGAACAACUGGAAGAAGAAUUGGCAGCAUUAGAGAAAGAAUAUUUAGAAAUAACUAAUGAAAGUGAUGACGAAACUCAAAGUAAUUCUAAUAAAACUAAUUAA